AUGGCUGGGUAUUAUUUGGCGGCCACGCAAUUGUUGAGCUACUGGGAUUCGAAUAUAUCAGUUAAUCAUGUCCCUAGGGGAUCCAAUCUGGUGGCCAACGAGAUGGCACAAGUAGCCUUAGGAGUACCAAUCCAGGAAAGGAAAUAUGGAGUAGAUGUUGAGAUUCAAAGAAGAAAUCUUCCUUCUAUCCUAGAAAGGGGAUUCAGUCUAGAUGUAAUGGUUCUAGAAACCGAGAUGAAAGACUGGAGAUCGCCUAUCAUUCAUCAUUUAAAAGAUCCUUCUUCACCCACAAGCAAGAAGAAUAGACAGCAACCAACUAAGUAUGUCUUAUGGGCGAAGAACUUGCUAAGGAAAACUCCAGAUGGGCUACUAUUGAAAUGCCUAGGCCAAGAGGAAUCAAUGAGAGUAAUGGCCGAAGUACAUGAAGGAAUAUGUGGGGCACAUCAAGCUGGGAUGAAGAUGAGGUGGUUACUUAGGAGGUAUGGGUAUUUCUGGCCCGAUGUAGAAAAAGAUUGCAAGUCCUAUGCCCGAGGCUGUGAAGAAUGUCAAAGACAUGAACCCCUCCAACAUGUGCCUUCAGUACCUUUAAAUCCAGUGGUCAAGCCUUGGCCCUUUAGAGGGUGGGCAAUGGACUUUAUCGGGCAUAUUUAUCCAGCUUCUAGUAAGGGGCAUACUUUCAUAAUUGUGGCGACGGAUUACUUCACUAAAUGGGUAAAAGCAUCAACUGUAAAGACCAUAACCUCAGCUACAGUUAAGAAAUUUAUUGAAACCAAGAUUCUACAAAGGUUUGGGGUGCCCAAAACUAUAGUCACGGAUCAUAGUCCGGAAAUGUGGCAUAAAAAGCUAGGGAAUACUUUGUGGGCAUACCAAACCUCUAAGAGGGCAGGAACGGGGACAAUUCCUUAUGCUUUGACUUUCGGGCAAGAUGCGGUUCUUCCCAUGGAAAUCAAUAUUCAGCUCCAAUGUGCUAUUCCUUCUAGUUGCAGUGGUGUCUCGACCAGUUUUCUAGUGUCUCCGUGGACAAAACCCAAUCAGGUGAUCGGGUUGUGCGGCCAAGAUAAGCCUGGUAGAGGACCCUCAAUGCAAACCUUCACCAGGAAACUCCACGUGAGUCCUAAGGAACCCAUUUCCCUAGUUUUACAAGAAAACUUAGAAGGCAAAAACGCCCGAGGGAGAUAA